AUGGCCAAGUUACCCACUCUUCAGCUGCUGUUCGUCAUUCUACAAUUUGCCCUGCUCAUCUCCAAAACUUUCGUCUUUUCCCAGUCCGCGACGCAAAGUGCAGUCGAUCCAUCUGAAAGUAAUAACCAAACCGACUUGAAUCGAAAAAACCAGUCGAGCACCUUCGAUUCGACGACGGCGGCGACACCUAUGUCAGAGAAUUUAACCAAUUCCUUAUCAACAGCAGAUAAUAAUCUAGAUGAGAAUAUUUUCCUUUAUCUCAACACCGAGUCGUCGUCGGAAUCCAUUCCGACAACGACCGUCGCUCCCGAGCCACCGGAAUCGGAUCCGUUCGAUUACAAUUUGUUCUUCUGCACUUGCGAUUUGAUUGGCGGAGAGUGUGACGUCAACUGCUGCUGCGAUCCCGACUGCAGCCAGGACGACCUCCGCCUAUUCAAUGGCUGCUGGUCGCCGCCCAGUUCGUAUUUCGACCGUUACUACUGCUCGCCGGAUCCUGAUCGUUACGGACUCGUAUGGAACAAUACGCCGGAAUUCCGCGUCCAGUGGAGUUCUCGCAGCGGAAUGUUCUGCAUCGUCACAGACAACGUCCCUAAAAAGAGAUUGUUCCAAGAUCGAGCUCCCGUUACCGAAGAUGAGCUUUUAAAACAGAUCUCACCCAAAUUGUCCGGCAGAUGGAACGAUCCGGAGAGCCAAGAGCCAAGUGCCCGAUUGGAACAAUGGAUUUAUCAGCCGUACUACAAGCAAGGGUCGCCCAUCUUCACUCUCCACAUCAACGGGAUCGUUAGCGUCUUGAAGUUACCGCGUUCGCUCAAUAGCGCUUCGUGCAACACGGCCCAAACGGUCCAUUUCCUGGAAUCUGAUAACGAUUACCAGUGCAGUCUGCCGGGCGAGGAUCGAUGCCGUCCAACGAUUCGUCUUGAAGAAUGGCUGGCCAAUUUAGCUGUCUUCCGGCUUCCGUCUUAUUCGCUCUCUUCGAACGGCAACGCCGGCAAUAGCAGCGCCCGAUGGGGCGACAUGGACAAGUUGGCGCCGGUGGUUGUCAGAAUCUGCGAGAACUCUUAUUCCGGAUGCAGAUCGGAUCUUCCAGCACCUGAGCCCAGCUGUCGGAAUUCGCUGGCCACCGUAACGUUGCGCAUUACUCACAACGGGACAGAAGGCAUCCGCUCCGUUUUGGCGGAUCUGCUCUACACGUCGGCGUCGGCGGGACCGGUCCGUUUCCAAACGAUCCAUCAAUCACUGGCCGAAAUGAACCGACCGAGUGGCGGUGCGAAUAAUCCGCUGAGAACACGGUCGGGAAACCCUGGCUACCUGACGGGCAAACCCCUUCUGGUUGCCAAAUUGAACUCGUCCAGCGGAGAAGGAGCUUACCAAACGCUGGACGUCUUCCCCGGCACGCCCAAAUCCCGGCUGAUCCGAUUUGGAGAGGACAGUUACCACGCUUUCCGUAUGAAUGGGAUCAAGAUGGACAAUCGGACUCAAUGGUGCACAAACUGGAGCCAAUUCGUCCUGGAAUCUUUCUGGGGUCCGCAAUUGCAACUGCUUCGCUUGGGGGCUUUCGGCAACGUCGAGCUGAACGAAACGGAAGUCUCCAGCUCUCUGUGGCUGGCCAUCAGGAUCCAGACGGAAGAGCUGAGCUGCUUCGAUUCGCUCAUCCACGGCCAACUGGUCGUCGCCUACGCCAAAUCGGGGUCGUACGACCAACCGCAGAACAAACUGCUGGGCGCUGGGUUGACGCUGAGGUCGUCCGGUGCGGAUUGUCUCGUCGAAUCGUCCAACAGGUGCUCCCUCCAGCUGACUCAAACCGUUUCGUUCGUCAUGUCGGAUUCUCCCACGUUCAUGGUUCUGCCUCAACCGCCCCGUUGGAAAAUCCAGUUACCUCACGAUUUCUUUUAUCCUUUUCUUUUGUCCUCGGCCGGAAGCGUAUUAUUAAGUCCGUCCAUCACGCUUCCUCUAUUUCUCGUCGUCGUGUUUUAUGGCCGUUAGAUGGUGUUCACUG